GAGCGAGAAAGCUCCAUAAAGUUACCAAAAGAUAAUUUAAAGUUUUCUAUGAUUUUUUUAUAAAAAAAUUAUGGGGAAUUAAUAUAUAUUUUUUCUGAUAUUCUUCUUCAUCACUCCUGUAGUUGGACCAGAUUGGAUUUUUCCUCCGCCAGCGUUUUUAUCUGGGUUCCGAAUUUUCUACCCGUCCAAUCAAAAAUGGAAUUCAAAUCUCAAUCAAACUGGUAAUUUCCUCAGCCGUUUCUUUAAUCAACUUGGGUUCUUCUUGUUUCGUUUUUGUUUUUCAUUUUUUUUUCCUCUUCCUUUCACCUGUACUGAAGUUCUCUGCUUCUACAUGACAACAACAAUUUCUAGAGGAUUGUUUGGUUGCUGUUUAUUGUCGUAGCUGUAUUUAUUUUGAUCUGAAUCUAUUCCAUCCCUUUUGUUCCCCUCUUAUCUGGAAUUACAACUGGUAACUACACGGUGUAUUUAUCCCUUGCUUUGAUCCACUUCUCCAAGCUCAUCGUCAAGUAGCCGCUGCUUCUCUCUCUUUUAACGCUUCCCUUCCCUGUUCAUCACAAAUUUAUCACUUCCUCCUCCAAUUUCAUGCUCUGCGGUCCCUCAUUUUCUUAAUUCAGGACUGUCUUCUGACCCACAUCUCAAAAAUCUCAUUGUUUUUUAGGAGUGAUUUAUUUGUUAGUCAAGUGUUGUAGCUUUUGUGAUUCUCUUAGAAAAUGGUUUCAAGAUCUUACUCAAACCUAUUGGACCUGGCCUCUGGCGACUCUCCAUCAUUUGGGUUUAUGAACCGUGGGAUUCCCAGGAUUAUGACAGUGGCUGGUUUGAUUUCUGAGGUUGAUGACGACCCAGUGGAGAGUGUGAACUCUGAUCCCUCGUCGUCGUCGGUCCACCGUGAGCGGAUCAUAAUUGUUGCGAACCAGCUUCCAAUCAGGGUUCAGAGGAAGCCAGACGGCGGUGGUAGUAGUAGUACUAGGAAUUGGUUGUUCCAGUGGGAUGAUAAUUCACUUCUCCUUCAGUUGAAAGAUGGAUUAGGUGAUGAUGAUAUUGAAGUUAUUUAUGUUGGGUGUCUCAAGGAAGAAAUCCACCCAAAUGAACAAGAUGAGGUCUCACAGUUCCUCCUUGAAAAUUACAGAUGUGUCCCCACUUUUCUCCUUCCUGAUCUGUUUUCAAGAUACUAUCAUGGGUUUUGCAAGCAGCAGCUAUGGCCUUUGUUUCACUACAUGCUGCCUCUGUCACCAGAACUUGGGGGCAGAUUCAAUAGGUCACUGUGGCAGGCUUAUGUCUCUGUGAAUAAGAUUUUUGCUGAUCGAAUUAUGGAAGUGAUUAACCCUGAAGACGAUUAUGUUUGGAUCCAUGAUUAUCAUCUCAUGGUGCUGCCUACAUUCUUGAGGAAGAGAUUCAACAGAGUUAAACUUGGGUUCUUCCUCCAUAGCCCAUUCCCUUCUUCAGAAAUUUACAAGACAUUGCCCAUUAGAGAAGAGCUACUGAGAGCUCUUUUGAAUUCAGAUUUGAUAGGUUUCCACACAUUUGAUUAUGCGCGGCAUUUCCUGUCCUGUUGUAGCCGGAUGCUUGGCCUUAGCUACGAAUCAAAGCGGGGUUAUAUUGGGCUUGAGUAUUAUGGUAGGACUGUUAGCAUCAAAAUUCUUCCUGUUGGUAUCCACAUGGGUCAGCUUCAACAAGUGUUAAGCCUUGCUAAGACAGAAGGGAAAGUUGCUGAGCUCAUUGAGCAAUUUUCAGGUCGGGGAAGGACAUUGAUGCUUGGAGUUGAUGACAUGGAUAUCUUUAAGGGAAUAAGUUUGAAGCUUUUGGCCAUGGAGCAGCUUCUUAUUCAACAUCCAGAGUGGCAAGGGAAGGUUGUAUUGGUCCAAAUUGCUAACCCGGCCCGGGGGAAAGGGAAAGAUGUGAAGGAAGUGCAAACUGAGACAAAGGCAACGGUUAAAAGGAUUAAUGAAUCGUUUGGGAAACCUGGGUAUGAUCCUGUCAUUCUGAUUGAGGAGCCACUGAAGUUCUAUGAGAAAGUUGCAUACUACACGGUUGCUGAGUGUUGUCUAGUCACUGCUGUUAGGGAUGGAAUGAAUCUCAUACCGUAUGAAUACAUAAUCAGUCGUCAAGGAAAUGAAACAUUGGACAAAGUUUUGGGACUGUCUUCCUCUCCUAAGAAGAGCAUGCUGGUUGUCUCUGAGUUCAUAGGUUGUUCCCCAUCUUUAAGUGGAGCGAUCAGAGUGAACCCAUGGAAUAUUGAUGCAGUAGCAGAUGCAAUGGACUCUGCCCUGGAAAUGGCUGAUUCAGAGAAACAGCUUAGGCAUGAGAAGCAUUAUAGAUAUGUAAGUACCCAUGAUGUUGGGUACUGGGCUCGAAGCUUCUUGCAGGAUUUGGAAAGGACUUGUAGUGAUCAUGUCCGACGAAGGUGGUGGGGAAUUGGGUUUGGAUUAGGUUUUAGAGUUGUAGCACUUGAUCCAAACUUCAGGAAGCUCUCAAUGGAGCACAUAGUUUCAGCCUACAAGUGGACGAAAACUCGGGCGAUCCUUUUAGAUUAUGAUGGUACACUAAUGCCUCAAGCUUCCAUUGAUAAGAGUCCGACAGGUAAAUCUAUUGAGAUUCUUAGUAGCUUGUGCAGAGACAAGAACAACAUGGUGUUUCUUGUUAGUGCUAGAAGCCGAAAAACUCUUGCUGAAUGGUUUUCUCCUUGUGAGAACCUGGGGAUUGCAGCUGAGCAUGGUUACUUUUUAAGACUGAAGCGUGAUGCAGAAUGGGAAACAUGUGGGCCCGCAACAGACUGUAGUUGGAAACAAAUUGCUGAGCCUGUGAUGAAGCUUUAUACUGAAACAACUGACGGAUCCACGAUAGAAGAUAAAGAGACUGCACUUGUGUGGUGCUAUGAGGAUGCAGAUCCAGAUUUUGGGUCAUGCCAAGCCAAGGAACUUCUUGAUCAUCUUGAAAGUGUGCUUGCAAAUGAACCUGUUACUGUCAAAAGUGGCCAGAACAUUGUAGAGGUUAAACCACAGGGGGUGAGCAAAGGGAUUGUGGUGAAGCGCCUGCUUUCGACCAUGCAAGAAAAUGAAAUAUCACCUGAUUUUGUGUUGUGCAUAGGAGAUGAUAGGUCUGAUGAAGACAUGUUUGAGGUAAUCUCCAGUUCCAUGGCUGGUCCUACCCUUGCACCGAGGGCCGAAGUAUUUGCAUGCACGGUUGGCCGGAAGCCGAGCAAAGCCAAGUACUAUCUUGAUGAUACAGCUGAAAUAGUGAGAUUGAUACAAGGGCUGGCAUGCGUCUCAGAGCAAACACAUGGAAGAAAAGCUGAUGUACAGGAUCAUCUCCAAAAUGACUUUUCUGAUCAGUGUCAGCUACAUUACCUUUCUCCUGCUCCAAUUUCAAUAACACAUCCAUUAGCCUCGUUUAUUUCGUCAUAAUCUCGGAUGGGAUUCAUCUCCAGCCAUAAAAACACUGCACAUUGUUCCAGUGAAGUUUUUAUUGAUGUGGUGGUGUGUGGGAGAGCCGGACGAAGUAGUUUCGUCACCUGAGCUCCGGAGUUCGGAUCUCCGAUUCUCCAUCAAGCUGGAUGUCGGGCCCUGACCGGUUCGUUUUGAUACUACGAUGAAAUAAAUAAUUAUGAUCCGAAACUUGAACCUGAUCUGAGGUUUGCGGAAUUAGUGCAUUUGCCUGAGGUAUCUACGUUGGAUAGUCGACAAUCAGUUCCCUUGCCCUCGUGCAUUGACAGGCUUUUGGGCGUCACGGUGUUUUCCAGGUUUCUAGCGUUCUAUAUAUGGCUAAGACGUAGUUUGGCGAUGAUCUUCAAAUACAAUCUAUUUAGGACUAUGACAUUGUUUUCAAUAUGUAAGCUCAAACAAUUGAUUGGAGUGAAGUACAUCAUAACGCACAAUUCUUGGAUGUAAGAUCCCACUCUUGUCAGCAUCGAGGAGAGACCAAUUGUUCAGUUCGGGGGCGGUUAGUGGAGAUACUGCUUCCCAAUCGUUAGAGGGAGAGACUGAGUGGCGAAGUAACUUGCACAAACACUGCUCUCUCUCUGUGUGGCGUAUCUCAGCUCUCCAGUCCAUGAGCAGAGCUUUUCUAGUGAUGCGGAUCAGCGACUUUUGGCCGAAAAAGAUUGGUAGCUUUUGGAACCAGCGAUGUGUAGGAUGAUGAAUGUCCUGUUCCAAGUCAAAAGAUGAUUGGGAUAGAAAUCACUCGCUCAGAUGUUAAAACCAGAUGUUAAACCUGAGAUACUGCCCCAAUUUGGACUUCCUAAACUGGCACUGGCUAUCCUUUGCAAAGGAUGAAUUUCGGAAUUCUCGAUCGUAAUUGUUAUUUCACCAAAAAUCUCCACAUGAACAAUGUCCAUUAUUGAAAUGGUGGAAUCUGCUAUUAUCCCUCACAAUGAUUUCCCUCCCAACAAUCUUUGCAAUAAAUUUAAUCGCCGUAUGGCAGUCCACACAAACCCGAAUAUUCUUGAUUACACGAAUUGUUGUGCCAGCAGGAGUGCUAAUAAUGCCAUAUGCUAUGGCAAGUCUCUCACUGUGGGUAUGUAACAAGAAUCGUUUCUGAUCCUCUUCAACAUCAUGGAGAACCUGAUCAGUGUCAGCGACAUAACCUUCUUUCUCCAUCUGCUCCAAUAACACAUUCAAUGCCUCGUUUAUUUUGUCAUAAUCUGGAUGGGAUUCAUCUCCAGCCAUGAAACAAUGCACAUCGUUCCUAACCUCGAUCCAGCUGCACGCUGGUGUCUUCUUCAUUCCUCUUUUCCUCAUUUGGAUUCUUAAUUUUGCAGCAUCUUUCCAUCUGUGGGAAGCUGAGUAUAUGUUUGACAUUAGAAUAUAAGCACCCAUGUUUUCCGGAUCGAUAAUUAGUAUCUUGUCAACAACCUUUUCUGCUAAUUCAACAUUCUUGUGAACUCUACAAGCAGCCAGCAAUGUUGACCACACGCUUCCUGUCGGGGGCGGUGCUUUCAUGCCAGAAAUAAAGUCAUGGGCUUCCUCCAACUUUCCCGCUCUACCAAGCAGAUCUGCAACAGCAGCAUAAUGCUCCAGGCCAGGAGCAAUACCGAAAUCACAUGCCAUACUAUUCAAAUACUUCCACGCUUCAUCUACCAAUCCAGCAUGACAACAGGCAGUUAAAACAGCCACAAAUACCACGUAGGUUGGCUCUACUCCAUCUGCUAACAUCUGCUCAAACAAGCUAACAGCAUCAAGGGCAUGCCCAUGCAAAGCACAUCCCAUAAUGAUGGCAGUAUAUGACACAAUGUCAUGCAUCACUAUCUUGUCAAAUAUAUGCCUGGCCAUCUUAACGUUGCCACAUUUAGCAUACAUAUCCACCAGAGCACUUGCUAUAAACUUGUUAUCAUCAAACCCUAUUCUAAUUAUGUAUCCAUGGAGCUGCUUUCCCAAA